AUGCAUGGCUGGAAGAAAAACAAAGAAGAAGAAGAAGAAGAUGAUCGCAGUAGAAAAAGGACUAGAGACUCCAGCUGGAAUGGAAGUUACAGAAUGGACACAUCGUUAAUUGGGGAAAUAAAGAAGAAACAUGGUUCCAAUAUCACAUCAUCUGGACGAAAGAAGAAGAGUGGUCGAAGUUCUCGGAAACAUCGCAGCCCCAGUUCUUCUUCAAGCAGUUCUGGAGAUAUGGCCAUACCAGCAUCGAACGGUAUGAACGUAACUGCCAUGCCACCUCCACCAACUUUUCAACCGCCGUUCCAAAACAUGUUCGCUCAACCUCCUCCUCCUCCCUUGCCUCGCGGUCCACCUCCACCUCCGGGAAAUCAUUUCAUGACUCCUCCACCAAUGCCUCCACCGACUUUUACAAUGCCACCUCCACCUCCUCCAAAAGAUUUUCACUUUUCUGCUACAACUAGUGUGACACACGUUGCACUCAGCUCCAUACCACCACCUCCACCACCUCAGAUGGUGGAAUUCCCUUCAAGCUCUCGAAAAGACCAUUUGCCGAUGCCUCCCGAUAGUAAACGGAUAACUAGCAGGCCAGUGAUCAUAACAAAACGUGGAGUUGUUUUCAAGACACCAUCUGACUCUGACUCGUGGUAUAAAACCAAUCUGACUCACUAUGAGAUGCUCGAUCAAAUUGGAGAAGGAACGUAUGGACAAGUUUACAAGGCUAUCAACAGGCUUACCGGUGAGCAAGUUGCUAUGAAGCGGGUUCGUCUGGAAAACGAGAAAGAAGGUUUUCCGAUAACAGCGAUUCGAGAAAUCAAAAUUCUCCGUCAGCUACACCACAAAAAUAUCGUCAGACUAAUGGAUAUAGUAAUCGACGAUAUUACGCUGAACGAGCUCAAACAAACUAGAGCGAAUUUUUAUUUGGUAUUCGAAUAUGUCGAUCAUGAUCUGAUAGGAUUGCUCGAAUCGAAGGAGCUUGUCGAUUUCUCAAAGGAACAAAUUUGUUCGUUGUUCAAGCAAUUGCUCGAGGGUCUUGCCUACAUUCACGCCACGGGUUUUCUGCACAGAGACAUCAAAUGCAGUAAUAUUUUGGUUAACAACAAGUAUGCUUUUCAAGGCGAGUUAAAAAUUGCUGAUCUCGGACUUGCUCGGUUAUGGCAAAAAGAGUCUCGAUUGUACACAAAUAAUGUCAUCACUCUCUGGUACCGUCCACCAGAAUUGUUGCUAGGAGACGAAAGAUAUGGAACAGCAGUCGAUGUCUGGAGUGCAGGGUGUAUGCUAGGAGAGCUAUUCACCAGAAAGCCUUUAUUUAAUGGAAGCGAUCCGUUCGGACAGUUGGAUUUAAUCAGCAAGGUCUGUGGAUCACCAUCUCCGGAAUCGUGGCCUGAAUUGACAGAGUUGACUUUUUGGAAUACUUUCAAACAACGUAGAAGCUACCCACGCAAGAUCAGGGAGGAAUAUGAACACUUGAUGCCUCGAGAUGCUGUUGAUUUACUUGACAAGAUGCUCACUUUGAACCCAGAACGGCGAAUUUCCGCUAAAGACGCCCUUUUACAUCCUUGGAUUCGGAAUCUGGAGCAUGCUUGUGUUCAGCCGUUAAAACUGCCACAGCAUCAGGACUGUCACGAGAUGUGGAGUAAGAAGCAGAAACGGUUAGCACGACUUGGAAAACAACCCGAAAGGUCAAGUAGUGGUAGUCAUGGUAGUGUUCGGGCAAGCUCCCAUCCCCGAGUUCCUCCUCCACCACCACCAGCACCACCGGCUGCUUCAAACCCAACGUCGUCAAGAUCGAAUGGUGCUGUACACCACCAGCAACAUCACGCAACUUCGAUGCCGCCUGUCUCAGGAAUCCGUCCACUGAUACCUCCAGCUCCUCCAACGGGGCACAACCAUCAUCCAGUUCAUCAACCAUUUCAACCAGUGUUCUUCAAAUGA